AUGGCUAGUGAAGAUGAUUCCAUAGAACAAAAAGCUGCUGCUCGUAAAGAGGCGCUCAGAGCUCUAAAGGCAGCUCAGGAACUGUCCGAGAGCAAGGAAGAAGACGGACAAGAUGGUGCAGUGGAGGAAGAAGGUCCAGCCAUGAAAUUCAGAAAUUAUGUGCCACAAGAUAAGGAGCUUCAGGAUGGUAAAGUUGCCCCACCAGAGAUACCCAAGUUUGAAGAUCCAGUUGCUGCACUUGCACCUGCAGUGGAGAAGAAAGAGUUGCGUUUUCAUUGUCUCAUUGCAGAGGAGCGUGAGAAAGAACGUGAGAUGGCGGAAGCUAAUGAAACCGCCCUUGAAAGUUAG